AUGCCACUUGAAGCGACGUCUCGUUCUCUACUAGAAGGGCUUCCGGUCUGGGUGAAUGAUGCAGAUAACGUUUGGCCAACUUUGCGAAUUGCUAAUUCCAUCCCGCUCAGCCGUUUGGAGUGGCUUUGGAAUUCACGGGGAACAUCGAUACGGGACUCUUCAACUUCCGCGAGAGCAGUAUUUGACGUCUCCACAGCCGAGAACCCUAUUUUUCCUGACCCGCAACAGCAUCCUCUUGAUUGGUAUAAAAACCCUUAUGUUUAUACAUUUGUUACUUCCCUGAGAGAACUGGGUUCAUCGAAUGACGCCGCUUGGAAGCGCAUACGACGAUUUGUUGAAAAAUGUAAGGAUAACCAUCACGAGUACCUCGUAAUUCUGGCUGCAACUGAAGGGGACCUAGCGAGGAAGAAAAAGAUGUUUGAAAAGCUGCGGGCAGAAGUAAACCUCACGGCAAGGGGUCGUGAGAGGUUUGUUGUCGUACCCCCAGCUGCAAUACAGGAGGAACAACGUCCCAUAACGCAUCUACACCAUUCACCAGCACACCAAGAUCUGCUUGUGCGAUUACGAGAAUGUGUCAGGGAGGGAGCUGAAGCUCGUGUUCAGGCUUACGAAGAGGAAGUGUCUCGUUCCUACUUGAAUAGAACAUCAGCAACUUGGACUUUCACAGAGUUUUUUGCUCUGAAAGAGGGUAUGGCGUUCAUUUUUGUGCAGCUUGGUAGGCGCGAUUUGGCCGUCCGCUUCUACGAUGAGCUGCAGGUUACGAUGACUGAGAGGAACGAAUAUGGAACUGGGAGCUUCUGCGGAGAACCGGCUGCGGAAACAGCAGCAGGGGUUUCAGACCCCACGGCAAAGGAUUACCGUGCUCGUCUGGUGGCUAAUUCAAUAUCAGAAAUAGACCUGAGAACGUACCUCUUUUCGAGGCAACUGUCGUUACUUUUGAUGGACCGAAAGUUCGCCGAUGUCGCAGAAAGAGGCCUGAAGUUUGUAACUGCAAUAGCGAGGAGGUGUGCGGAAGAGACCCUGAGUGGAAACGGGACAGUCUCUGCCGUUUUCCGUGAUACAUGGGUCUUCGUAACAGCUAGAGCACUGGCUGCUGCCCUGGCUCCAGCGAUCCCAUCCCCAUCUGAUGCUGACAACGCCACAGCUGUGCAUCUCAGUACUCCUCGAGAGAGGCACACAGCACGUCUAAUUGCUGGUUUUCACGUCCACGCACUCAAAGCGUUUCUUGGGCUUGCGUCUGUCACCCUUCCGGGCUGCCUGGGUCCGGAAGAUCCACAGGGUAAACGCGAUAGGGAGAAGAUUGCAGAGGAAGCGAAGUCUACUUCUCAUGAGAGAUUAAGAGCUGCUCUAGCCGACCCGAAAAAGGCUGAGGUCUUUCAUUCUGAGAUUACAAAUGCCGCCGCCAGUUUGUAUGAGAUGGGUGGUCGUGCGAGAGGUGCAGCAGCGUUGGACGGAGAUGCUGGGGUGGUACGAUUACGGAAUGCUAGCUACAGUGAAGCCGAGUCCCUGCUCAGUGCCCAGUGUACCCGUUUUAUCAAUGACAACGGGUGGGAUGACUUGCACAAAAGGCAAAGGGUAGAGCUUGCACGCGCAGAGAAGGAAUUGGAUCAUAUACAAGAAUAUCUUGUGAGUUGCUUGACAAUGUUGUACAUGAGUCGCUCGGAGCGCCACGUCUGGAGCAAACCUCUCGAGCCUACUAAAGAGAUGGGUUGGGACCCGAAAGAUGUAGCAUAUUGGGUUUCGGAAACAACGUCAAUUGCACGACGUUUGCCACGAAUUAUGAAAUACAAAGCAGAACGUCUUUUCAAUGUAUCUGUUCUACCAAACAAGACUAUGUGGUUAGAGGGGGAUCCUGGUAGUGCCACUAUCAGGAUUACUUCUGAUAUACCAGCAAGGCUGAAGUUAGAUUCAAUAGCACUGGAAUGCCGAAGCGCGAUGUCUGCACCACUCUGGACGAAGAAGCCAGCUUUGCGCUCCGACGAAAAGGCAAGAAUACCCUCGCAACACAGCGGGGAUACUACAUUGGGCUACGAGGGUCAACAAAACCUUCGGGUAGACCGUGAAGAUAAUGACCUCGUUGUCCUUCGUAGCAACGACUCCACGUAUAUUGAAAGCGGUGUCAAUGUUAUUACAGUUCAGACAGGCGAAAUUCCGAGGUUUGGGCGGUACAACUCAACUCUGCUUUCUCUGUUUAUCGGAAAUUUGAAGCUCGUUGAAUCGCCAGGAAAGGGAUCAGCGAUACCUGUCGUCUCCACAAAAGGUGCUACCGGGGGGAAGAACAUGCCUGGUCAUGGGUUUACCAUCGGUCAAUCUGAUUCUGUUACUGGAGGCGUCAAGUUCCCCAUGUUCUAUGCUGAACCUCGGCAACCUUCUGCGUACGUUUCUGUUAAAGGACAAGGCGCAUUGCAUUUGGCACCCGGCUCUGUUCAGUUUCUACGUGUUAAGAUUACAGCUGGCCCACAUGGAUUGGCAGAAGGAUCAAAGCUGCGUUGUUCUUUGAGUAGUUCGCGCAAGGGUUCAGCGACUGAUUCUUCAGGUUUUGUGGAGUUCUUAGACAGAGGAACAUCGAUCAAUGCUCCGAGCGGCGAGUCUGACCUCGCAGUUCUGCAACUAAAACGGGUGUCAGAAGAAUUUCAUCCUCGUUUUGACAACGGCGAAACAUCCAUACAUGAGUCCCUCGAGAAGGGAGAGGUUCUUGAGUCAUGGCUUGCUCUAAAGAUUGUAUCGGAUUGCAGCGAAUUUCAAGAUCGAUCUCUAGAAAAUGACGCUGAUUCUAGAGCCUGUAUUCUCCGUGUCCAGGUUCAUUGCGGGGAGAAAGAUAGCACUGCCAAGAGGAAAUUUGUAUGUCGAGCAGAGAAAAGGUUAACAUUUACUUGCCCAGUCCGUGUUUCUGCUCGGAUUGAACUCAAUUGUGAAUGGAGCGGUGAAGCAGUAUCAAGGGCGCUGGGGCUCGACGGCACUCCUCUUAGAGAUGGCGGGACAUUGCUCUGUACGCUCAGAAAUGUCACAAAGUCUGAAAGCGCUAUUUCCAUUUUGAACGCAACGCUAGAGCCCCCGCCAUGGUUAGAGCUGCGACCGGACGAAAAGCCGCCUCAUGUCAGCCUUCUUCCAUGCACAGUUCAACAUGGUAGUGUCUUUGCCUUCGCAUUUGAUGUCCAAAUUCGUGAGGAACUUCCCGACGAAAGAGAAUCAAGAGACACCUCUGGCACAGUUGCUCCUGUCUUCAGUGAUGAUGCCCUACAGAAAAGAUUAUCCAGAGCUGUGGUAACAAGCUCUGAGAUGAAGGAUAGUCAGCAGUAUGAUAGGGAGUGGAACAUCGGAAACAAAGUCAAAACCGAGUUGCGAAUGCACGACGCGACGGCUCUGGGUGACGCUAAAGUAUCAACGGCCAAAGAUUUAAUCGAGAAUCCCGAAAUAGACAGCGAUUUUGGUGAUGACGUUGUAGAAAGGUCUAUAACUGAGCUUGAUGGUUCGAUGUUUUCUGAACAUGAGCAUCGUAACUCAACGACUGUACCCGAAAAUGAAGACUGCAGUUUUGACGGCCAGAUGGUCAGAAUAGGUGUGGAGGAGGAUGAAUCAAUAGAUCUGUCGCCCCCUGAAGGUGCAGCUAUUCAGUCGCCAGCACAUCCAUUGGCAUUUGCUGAAGCAGUUUCAUUCGCAACACUUAGACUGGCUUUAAUGAUUGAAGGGGUCGACUCGGAGACAACGAUCGAGCGUCAUAUUUGCAUGGAUGCUAUGCGGAGGACAGAGAAACGCUACCGCGUGGAGCGGUCGGUUAAAAAAGUAGGCAAGUGUGGAAAAGAGAUGGAAAUGCAGUUUGCCGUGCGAAUUAUGAUGGGAGGAGGAAGCCCUAGCGUGUCAAGCAAUGCCUUGUAUGAUGAAGCACAAAACUCUGAUGAUGUGGAGCUUCUUCAAUACGAAAUCGAAGCGGAUCCAACGGUAUGGCUUGUUGUAGGCCGUCGACGGGGAAGACUUGAAGUAUCGAACAGUUUGACAACUGUAGAAUGUGCGAAGCUGAUUCCCCUUGCUCCUGGAAGACAACGAGUACCAUUAGUACGCCUGUUCACGGCUGACGGACGAGGGCUUGCUUUUUCACGAUACGAGAACGUGAAUGAAUACAUGCAAGUCGUUGUUGUGCCUCAACAAACAGUGGUGAGCGCCUGCUCAGUAGAUAGCGCGGGAGAUAAUAACCCACAUGUGUCGCAUGGGGCAGGGAGUAUGCCUGCCGUGGUGGCUUCGGAUUCAUACUUUCGAAAUUAAAGAAUGAACUUGGAGGCCGCCCUCUGUAAUAACAUUUACGCACUGAACCAAGUACUAACCCCCUGUCAAAAGUCGAAGAACUUUUGACCAGGCUUUUUCGUAACUGUGUAUGCGCACGGCGCAAGGGGCAUGUUGUGCAAGGAAAAAUAAAUCACCGACUCGUA